AUGGGGAGCUCGCAGUGCUAUUUGUUAAGAAGAAAGUGGCAAGUUUACGUUGUGCAUGAUUACCGCCAGCUGAAUAAGGUCACAGUCAAGAAUAAGUAUCCCUUUGCCAAAGCGAUUGUGAUCCUCUUUGAUCAGUUAAGGGGUGCUUCUGUAUUCUCGAAGAUCAGAUUUGAGAUCGGGGUAAUAUCAACUCAGACAUCAUUCAUGGGUUUGAUGAACAAUGAUCUUCAGACCUUACUUGACCAGUUUGAGGGGAUUGCAGUGGAUCCUGGUAAGAUUGAGGCUAUUUCGUUGGAAGCCACCAAAGAAUGUUUGCCGAGAUUCGUAGUUUUUGGUUUGGCUUGGCUUAUUUUUCGCAGGUAUAGAGUUUAA